AUGGUUCGCAACUUGGUUGUCCUGGGCGGCAGCGCACAUCCAAGUCUGACACGCAAAAUUUGCGACUAUCUGGAUAUUUCACCAGCAGAAGUGUUACUUGGAAAAUUUGCCGUUGGCGAGACAAGAGUGGAAAUCAAGGACUCGGUUCGUGGUAAAGAAGUUUAUAUAAUACAAGCAGCUGGCGAGAACAUCGAUGACUCUCUUGUUGAACUUCUCAUCACCAUUUCCGCAUGCAAAAUCGCAUCCGCAAAGCGAGUCACUGCAGUCUUACCGCUGUUCCCAUACUCCAAGCAAGCAGACAAUUGCUAUGAGCGAUCUGAUAGUCCUCUUGGGAAAGCGCCAAAAGGCGUGGAAAUGACAGAUUCUAUUACUUUAGAAUGUGAUCUCCAAAACACAUCUAUCUCGCCGGCAUCUUCGCGAACCAGUCUUGACGCAGAAGGAGACGUGGACGAAUCCGACAGCAGCGACAGCGCUUCAGCAUCUCCUGUUCUUAGAGGCAUGAGCACAUCAACUCGCGGAUCCGCUUCCCCACGACAAUCAGCUGCAGCAUUGCACCCUGGAUACAAGCAAUGGCAGGCCAAACCCGGUACUUUGGUCGCUAAUCUCCUGACGUGCGCCGGCGCGGACCAUAUUAUCACCAUGGAUUUGCAUGACUCGCAGUAUCAAGGUUUCUUCAAUAUUCCUGUGGAUAAUUUGACGGCCAAAUCCUUGAUCAAGAGGCACAUUCGAUACCAGCUUCCCGAAUUUUCCAGCACGAUCAUCGUCAGUCCUGAUGCUGGAGGGGCAAAAAGAGCUACCGCUAUUGCUGAUGAGCUCUCCUUGGACUUUGCUCUGAUCCACAAGGUAGCUUCCUCAAUUUCACGCGAAGAAAACCCAACGAUAGCAAAGGAUGGCAUGAUUCUGGUUGGCGACGUGCGUGGGCGCACUGCAGUCUUGAUUGACGACUUGGCCGACACUUGUGAAACCCUCACACGUGCUGCGCGUCUGCUUAAGAACAAAGGAGCUAAGAACGUAUAUGCGUUUGUCACCCAUGGAGUUUUCGGUGGUGAGGCGGUAGAAAAGAUUGAUGCAAGCGCAGUGGACAAGGUUUUCGUGACGAACAGUGUCCCGCAAGAGCAGCAUCUGCAAAGAUGUAACAAGCUUGAGGUUCUGGAUAUCAGUACACUACUUGCCGAAACAAUCCGCCGGAUUUACUACGGUGAAAGCGUAAGCGCACUUUUCUCACGAAGUCUUUAACGGAAAGCUUUGACAUUUACGUUAUUCCCUGGU